AAUCGUAUUAGAAUGAACGAUCUGUCACUCUCAAAUAUAAUUUAGCACGUCGUCUAGUACAAAAAAACUUGAAAUUUGUUGUUAUAAACUGUGAUCAGUUCAGUCAGCGAUUGCCGCGAAUUACCGCUUGUUUUGCUGAACUUUUUCAAUUUUGUGUGAUUUCAACAGGAAUAACCAUGGAACAUACUACCAAUGACAACAAUGGCGAAACCCGAGGGCGCCGAAUUGUGCCUGCAAGGGGUGGUCGUGGUGUACGUGGUGGACGGGGUGUACGUAGUGGACGCGGUGGACGUGGUGUACGUGGUGGACGUGGCAGCAUGACAGCCCGUAGCAGCAUAAGAGGAGUGAGAACGCGUGCUGGGCAACGUGGUGACAAGACUUUGGUUUCUGCACCAAUGUUUUGUGGUAUGCUGGAGGAUCUACCAGAGGGCAAACCUUUGGAGAUGGCAAUUCAUCCUAAAAGGGCGAGGGUCCUCCCUGCUGCUGUGGUCAAAAACCCAAGCUACGUUGAAUGUGGUGCGAGCAGUGGAGCAAGCACACCAAAUACCACGCCGCCUGUAAACCGCGAUCGCCAUUGGUCGAAAAUAAGGUCACCCCUCCUUGAUGAUGAAAAAAGUGCUUUAUUUAAUUAUGGCAGUGAGGAGGAGUCAGGCGAAGAAGAAGAAGGGGUUACCCAGUCGGUAAUGGUUGCCCGGGUGGCAAGGAUGUUUGUGGACGAAGCGGAUGAGGAAGUUGAAAAUGGUUGUAUCAAUAUUAAUUUGGAGUGGCCUCCUCGUCCAUCAGUUUGUGACCCAACGCCCCCUUCGCCGUCGCCUCCUUCGCAGCUGCCUGCUUCGCCGUCGCCCGCCUCACCGACGCCUAAUUUGGAAGUUUCAAUGGAGCCAAGCGAAAAAUUUAAAUUUGACUGGAGAGCAUUUUCAAUGCCUCAAAUUAACCCUUAUUUGAGGCGAGAACCGUUCUCGCAAAAUGUUGGCCCUGCGGUUUCUUUCACGAAUCCAUACGAAGCAUUUACUGCCAUAUGGGAUCGUGAAAUAAUUGAAGUUAUUGUCAGAGAAACCAACAUUUAUGCACAGCAGCUGACAACGAUCAUGUUGGCGAAUGGGACCAUCUGUCCUAAUAGCCGGAUUACUCGUUGGCAAGAUACGAAUGUAAACGAAGUUUACACGUAUUUUGCCAUCGUUCUGGCUAUGGGCGUAGUGGUCAAAAGUCGAUUAGAGGAGUACUGGAAUACCUCUAAAGAUAUUUUCAGAACUCCUGGCUUCUCCACGGAGAUGACUAUUGAUCGUUAUCAGCUGCUGUCGAAAUGCCUUCAUUUCAAUAAUAAUUCCAAUUGUCACCCUAAAUUGUUGACGCGUCCGCAGGCUAAACUUUACAAAAUCCAACCAAUAUUAGUCCACCUCAAUACAAAAUUUUCCCGUUUAUAUAAUUUGUCCCAGAAUGUGGCUCUUGACGAGAGUCUCACCAUGUGGAAGGGUUGGCUUGAUAUAAACCAAUUCAUCCGUAACAAAGCAGCGACAGUUGGGAUCAAAACAUACGAAUUAUGUGAAUCCCAAACUGGUUAUUUGUGGCGUUUUGAAGUACACGCUGGUCAUGAUACUUCGGGAGUACAAGAAGACGAUCCAGUUUCUGGGAUUGUACCAGCUCUCGUGCUCAAACUUUUAAAUGGUCUUGAGCAUAGAGGGCACACAAUAUGGAUGGAUAAUUUCUACAACUCUCCUGCACUAGCGCGAGAACUUAAGGUCCGUGGAUUUGACUGCGUGGGAACGCUUCGCACAAACCGCCAAUUCGUACCAUCUGAAUUGGCGAGUAUUACAAAAAAAGACAUGACAGUCGGUCAAGUGUUCGGUUGCACCUCGGGAGAUGUGGAUCUUAUGUUGUGGAGGGAUAAAAACCUCGUGGCUUUUGUUUCAACAUACCAUGGUCUCGCAACUACCAGGUGUGGCGAUACGCUGAAGCCGACUGUCGUGCAGGACUACAAUAUAUGUAUGGGUGGCGUAGAUCGCAAAGACCAGCAGCUUGCAAUGUAUCCCAUUGAGAGAAAACGAACAAGAGUGUGGUACAAAAAAUUUUUUAGAAAACUGUUGAACGUUAGUGUCCUUAACUCCUACAUUUUACUUAACAAAAAUCGGACAUUGACACAUCGCAAAUUUCGGAAGGCGUUAGUAACUGAUUUGUUGGCAGCGCAUAAACCCCCUGCACCCAAAGCACCCAUCCCAGCAGCAGUACACUCUCCUGCACAGUAUGACUUCAUCAAGCCUGGUAAGCCAGACCGACUUAAGCGCCAAUGCGCAGUCUGUAAGAAGCGUACGGUUACAUACUGUAAAGUUUGCAAUGUGCCAAUGUGUGUUUUCACUUGUUACGAGCCGUACCACACUCGGCUUAAGUAGGUAGGUACUAAAAAUAUUUAGGUAGGUAGGUAUUAUUGAGUAUGGAGAGAGAGGAGAGAGGCCUUUGACCAGCAAUGGGACACAAACGGCUGAAUAAGAUACCAUUCAUAUUGUUGUGAAGUACUAGAUAAAAUGCUGCACUAUGGUGUUGAAAAGGCGCACAAUUACUAUUGAAAUGAUGGCAUUUGUAUGAGUGUUUUGUUUAUUUAAAUUUUCAAUUUGAUUUUUUUAGUCUCAUGCAGAACACAAAAGUAAAGUUAAUUUUACUUGCAAUUAAAUAGAUAAAAAAAAAUCGAAAAAAAAGAUCAUGAUCAAAAGAUUGAUUGAACAAAUCAGUCGUAUCCAUACUAUUUAAAUUCAUGGGGCAAAUAUGUUAAUUUUUUACUAUGUUAAUAGCAUGGUUUUUGUUAUUUCUCUUUCUAACAUGUAGAUAUAUAAAUCUUGAAUAAUUCAUAAUUAUAACACUUAUGUAUACAAGUGUGUUAUAAAUAUUACUCCACCGUUGGGGAUUCGAUAAAGCAGAUAAUUUCCUACAUAUUACAGUUUUGACCAUUU